AUGGGACGCAGCAAAAGGAACUCGAGUGCGAACGGGACGAGCGGCAGUGGCGGCGACAGUUCGUCGACGGCGCCGUCGCCGAAAAAGCCGCGCGUCCGCAUUCGGGGCUACGAAGACGAUGACGUUCCGCGUCACGAGUCGCGGCGGUCGGUGGAGAAGGUGGGCGUCAGCGUAGGCGUUGUCUUGAUCGCCGUCGUCGCCUAUUUCACGUGGCAGGGUUACCUUGAAACGAGGGUCAACACACCAUUCGACUCUGAAAAGAUCGUCACUCAAGAAAUGAUGAAUGAUCGUGAGCGUCUGUGGGGCACUUACAGACCGGGGAAUUAUUUUGGAAUGAAAACCCGUUCCCCGGGAUCUCCAAUAUUUGGUCUCAUGUGGAUAUCUCCUAGUCAAUAUCGCCAAGGUGAUUUACCGCUGAGGCAUUGGUGUGAACAAGGUGAUAAUCUGAAGAAGUACGGAUGGUUGGAGCACGAUGGCACCAACUUUGGUGUUCAGGAGUUGAUAGAUGGGGAAGUCAAGUUGACGACGUCUUUCGUGAAGAAUCCCCAAGCCUCGGUGUAUGGAACCGAAUGGACUGUGAGAAUUCGAGUUGAGCAAUCGGAUUUCGCAGUGAGGAACGCGUCGCAAGUGUACGUUUUCUUCUACGGCUCCUUUGAAGAAGGCCACUCGGGUUGGAUAAUGAACGUUGGUGACUUCCGACUCGACAUUUACCCCCGCGGGGACGACAUCGGGCCGGAAUUCUCGCUGACGACGCGUUCCCGAGGCCCGCAAACAAUUACCCAGUUGAUCCGAUCCUCGUUGCGACAGGUUCAGCCCGGGGUCAUCGGUUUGCCGGGAAGCGUGAUGUCUGCGCAAGAGACUGGAGCUGCUUCCCCUGAUUUUGUUUCUUACCAGCUCAUUGGCGUUACGCCUUUUGAAGUAGAUGUAGUUUUCCGCUCUGAAGGACGGAGUGAGAUUGCAGUUCCUUUUUCUGGAGCUGCGUAUGACUCCGCAUUGAAAGCCUGGAGGGAGAAGUUCAACAAGAAGUGA